UAGCGCGCGUCCAGUCCCGAAGCUGACGCGCCGGCAUGGCCCCCGCAGCGGCGACCGGCGGCAGCAGCUUGCCCAGCGGCUUCGCGGUCCUCACCACCUUCCCCGACCUGCUCUUCAUCUUCGAGUUUAUCUUCGGUGGCCUGGUAUGGAUCCUGAUUGCCUCUUCCUUAGUGCCCAUCCCCCUGAUCCAGGGCUGGGUGAUGUUCGUGUCUGUGUUCUGCUUCGUGGCCACCACGGCUCUGCUCAUCCUGUACAUGAUUGGCGCCCACGGUGGGGAGACUUCUUGGAUCACUCUGGAUGCCGCCUACCACUGUGUGGCCGCCUUCUUUUACCUCAGUGCCUCGGUCCUGGAAGCCCUGGCCACCAUCACCAUGCAAGAAGGCUUCACCUAUAAGCAUUACCACGAGAACAUCUCUGCUGUGGUGUUUGCAUACGUAGCCACUCUGCUGUACGUGAUCCACGCAGUGUUUUCUUUAAUCAGAUGGAAGUCUUCAUAAAGCAGCGGAAGAAUUUUAGCUGAAAGCCCAGACGGUGUUAACUGAUUGGCCAGCCUUCCAGCAGAACUUUUUAGCAUGCAGGAAUGCUCUUGAUGUGGGGGUGGGGGGACUUAAAAAAAAACCGCAUCAUUCUGCUUGCUGUGGUGUGAACGUGUUUACUCUCCCACGCACCUCACGUCCAGCGCUGGGGGCUGACCCUGUUGUACCUCCCACUGUUCAUCUGUCUCUCUGGGGUCAUUUUCUGCUUGUGAAAGGGAGCCCCAUAGGGGGGGGGAGUGGGGAACCAGUAAUGGGAGAGACCAUAAUGCAAAGAGCCCCCACUUCCCGCCCUACCCAACUGGCCCUUGCACCUGCUCGGGAGAACCAUCCGACCACAGGCAUUCUGGAGCCAACCACACCCACACCCCACACCCCCACUCCCCCAGCCCUCUGCUGUGUUUGUACGUCUUCCUGGGGGUUCUGCUGGCCACAGGGCUGAAAACUCACCCAAUAAACCUGUGCGGUGUCCACGGUGCCGUGUGAUACGCCUCUGAAAUCCUUUACCAA